GACCUCAACAUUUAUGUCACACAUUACAGCCAAGCACAACUAUACAACCUUCUCCACAAGUAUCACUAUCACAUUGUCUGGCAGAACCACACCUGCUGUGAUGACUACUCCCCCUCCACCAUCCUCACCAUUACCACCUUUGGUAAUGGGCACAACCUCAUUGAUAUUGUCAUCUCAAGAACAUCCUCCACACUCUCCCCCAUCUUUCAAUUCCACUCAACAGCUGUUAUGAGCUUCUUCAGCACUAACUCCCUAUUCUGCACCUACCCCAGCCUC